AUGGUUUCAACGCGUCCCUCCCCUACCCCUGCGCGGGGCCGAAUACCCUAUCCUACCGCCGCCACCUAUACUCCUGGUGACAGCAACACUUCGCCAGCCUACCUCGGCGCCUCCGAACCUAUACAGAAGACCACAUCGAGAGAUUCGGAGCGGGAGAGGAGAGUGCAAGGUUUGAAGAACUGGUGGAAAGGUUUCAGAGAAAGUGAACAAAGCGGAGGACCGUCAAAUGCCCCACGCCGUGGUGUUUUUGGUGAACCCCUCGCGGAGUCUAUAGAAUACGCAUCCGUUCAGGUAUCGACAAACGGCCCGGACGGCUCGCUCGUAAUCCCUGUGGUCGUCGCGAAAUGUGGUCUGUACCUCAAGGAGAAUGCGACUGGCGUUGAGGGGACCUUUCGAAUAUCCGGCUCCGCCAAGAGGAUGAGAGAGCUGCAGAUACUAUUCGACACCCCGCCAAAGGAACCUAUAAUCCCGUUCGAUUUUUACGAUGAUUUCCGAAAUGUCUUAUCCUCUCACCUCUCCGGCACUCUGUCCGCAGAUGAUGCGAUCGCUCAAUACAAGAGCCUCAUCCAGGCACUUCCCAGGAUCCAUCUAUACCUGUUGCUCUACGUUCUGGAUCUUUUGAGCGUGUUUGCCCGACGGGCAGACAAGAACCUGAUGACCGCCCCAAGUGCUAGAGUUCUUGAUAGAACAUCAAGAUCACUUCCUCUUGGGAAUGGAAUUGGUGAGUUACAUGUCUCGCAGCGCUCCGCUGACAAACAGAAACCCAAGAAGAAGCGCAAGGAAAAGGCACCGGCAACGGUCCCUCAGCCCCCUCCACUGGUCAAAGCCGACUCUGAUAUGAUGUUGCCCUCCGAAUCGGACGAUGAAGCACCUGCUGGAGGAUACUAUGUCAUCGAAGGCCCAGGUCGAGCGACUUCGCCAGCUUCCCCGCCAGCUUCGACUCUUCCCAACAUCAGCGCAGCCAACCUUCUUCCUUCUCCUCCUCCUGUCAAACCGAACAUCGCUCCUCCCGAUCUCAUGGAGAUGUCUGAGUCCGACGAGGAAGCACCUCCUGGCGGGUACGAAAUUCGAACAGGUAAUCCAGCGUCCGCGCGUGCAACAUUGCUCGCGAAAGCUAUGGCUCGAGGAGAAGGAGCAACUCCUAUCGGAGCUGGUGUAGCCAGAAGGAGGACUUUACCCUCACGAAAACCUGGAGAGUUUGUACCAAGAUUGAAGCGGACUGCCAAGGAGGCACCUUAA